GCUACAAAGUAUGUUUCAGAAAUUGCAGCAACCUAUUGGAAAUCAAUGCAAAAAUCAAAAAAACCCUGUACAGAAUUACUUUUUCAAUUGCGGAAAUAUAGAUUACAACAAAACCUUAAAAUGCAACAUAUGAUAGUCUACUUUCUUACAGUCAGCAAUUAA